AUGAGUAUUUUCUCAUAUGUGCGGAGCAUUUAUGCUCUAGAUACCAUCGAUACACGCUUCACGAAUUCUUCUUCAACUCCAUAUGAAAUUGAUCCUGCUGCAGCAAAGUCGAAACGAGAUGACUCGAAACCAGGCGAAGGGGUACGAACAGACAGCAAUGGCAGACCAAUUGCCCAGCCGUCGAGAUGGAAUACCACAGAGUUUUAUUUCUAUUACUUCAUCUUCUUAACGGUUGUGCCAUACAUGUUUUGGAUCGCCUACGAUGUGUCUAGACCUUCCGAUCCCAAUUACCAUAAAUACCAGCACCUUCUUUCUGAUGGAUGGAUUCCUGGGCGCAAGAUUGAUAUUUCGGAUGCACAAUAUUAUAACUUUCGAACCAACGUACCAUAUCUCGCGAUUCUCGUCGUUUUUCAUCCUCUUCUUCGACGGAUAUAUGAAUUUCUCAGACCCAUCUCUGCUCGAGUUGGAUCGCCGAAACUAAACGGCAAUAACACAUACAUAUCUGUGGCGGAAGGCAAUGCGAGACUUCAACAACGUGCCGGGUUCGACUUCAUUUUUGCUUUCAUAUACCUCCUCGCUUUGCAUGGAUUUUCCGCUUUUAAAGUCAUUGUGAUAGUCUAUGCAAACUACUGUCUGGCGACUCGACUUCCUCGAAAGUUUGUGCCUGUAGCAACAUGGGUUUUCAAUAUCGGUAUAUUGUUUGCCAACGAGCUCUCAGAUGGGUACAGAUAUACAUCAAUAGCACAAUAUGUGUCUCCCAAGAAUGAAGCCGGUUUCCAACAAGGGGCUUUGUUGCAUAGCUGGGCAGAGUGGAUGGAUAGUUAUUCGGGCAUCAUUCCACGAUGGGAGAUUCUUUUUAAUCUUACUGUCUUGAGAUUGAUCAGUUUCAAUCUGGAUUAUUACUGGAGUUUAGAGAAAGGAGCUGGAAGUGCACUAGAGAAGAAGCAACUUGACCCUGCCAAUCUUUCCGAGAGAGAUCGCGUUUCGAUGCCUGCGCCGGAUAAGGACUACAAUUAUCGAAACUACUUCGCAUAUGCGAUUUAUGCCCCUUUAUAUUUAGCAGGACCAAUUUUCACAUUUAACGAUUACAUUUCUCAGUCGAAAUAUCGCCCUGCUAGCAUAGACAGUAAACGAACCUUUAAGUAUGGUAUUCGUUUCCUACUUUGUUUGUUGGCAAUCGAACUUCUCCUACAUUUCGAUUAUUGUGUGGCUAUUUCCAAAGGCAAUCCCAACUGGUCUGAUUACACCCCAGCUCAACUGAGUUUACUCUCAUACUUCAAUCUCCAUGUACUAUGGUUGAAGCUUCUCUUACCUUGGAGAUUCUUCAGACUUUGGUCUCUCAUUGAUGGAAUUGACCCUCCGGAAAAUAUGCUUCGCUGUCUUUCCGAUAACCCAUCUACUGUUCAAUUCUGGCGAAGUUGGCAUCGCAGCUACAACCGCUGGAUCAUCCGCUACAUCUACAUCCCUAUGGGGGGUUCUUCAUCACGAAAUUGGAAAGCCCAAGUCCGAUCAAUUGUCAAUUAUCUCGUCGUAUUCACAUUUGUAGCAUUAUGGCAUGAUAUAAGUCUUAACCUGUUGGUGUGGGGCUGGCUCAUAGUUUUCUUCAUGUUACCGGAAGUUAUUGCUGGCAUGCUCUUCCCAAGAAAGAAGUGGCUCAAUGAUCUUACGUAUUACAGAGUCAUUUGCGGUAUUGGUGCAGUGGCGAAUUUGAUGUUCAUGAUGAUAGCAAACUUGGUUGGGUUUGCUGUCGGUGUUGAUGGGUUGAAGAGCAUUAUUUCUGGCAUUUUCAAGGACUUUUCAGGAAUUGUUUUCCUAAUCACGGCCUGGGGUGCACUUUUUGUUGGAUGUCAGGUUAUGUUUGAAGUAAGGGAGAGUGAGCACAGAAAAGGAAUUUUCCUAAGAUGUUAG